AUGAAGACACAACCAUCACCGGACCGCCGGAUCCUCUUUUUUCUCCCCAUUGCAUUGGCUUCUCUUUUGAUACUCGGGUCAUUACGAGUCGUCCUCGAUUUGAGGAAUGGUCAGAACUAUUUCUUGUGGCAACUGCGUUCAUCCGAGAGGAUCAAUGCUUUGAAGUUUUUGGAGAUGUUGAGGGAUAAAAGGCUAAUGUUCGUGGGAGACUCAAUUCAGAGAGGAAUGUUUGAAUCAAUGGUUUGUUUGGUACAAUCUGUGAUUCCUGAUGGAAAGAAAUCUCUACAAAGAAUCCCUCCAAGGAAGAUUUUCAUAGCUGAGGAGUACAAUGCAUCGAUUGAGUAUUAUUGGGCUCCUUUCCUUAUUGAGUCUAUUUCAGACCAUGCAACAAAUCAUACAGUUCAUAAACGGCUGGUGAAGCUUGACUCCAUUGCCAAACACAGCGAACAGUGGAAAGGAGUCGAUAUUCUGGUAUUUGAGAGCUAUGUUUGGUGGAUGUACAAACCUUCAAUCAAUGCUACAUAUGGAUCUCUUCAGGAUAUUCAAGAAUAUAAUGUAACUACAGCAUAUAGAUUAGCAUUAGAAACUUGGGCAAAAUGGAUAGAAUCCAGCAUCAACUCUCAAGACCAAAAGGUCUUCUUCAUGACCAUGUCUCCAACACAUUUAUGGAACUGGGAGUGGAAGGCUGGAACAGAUGGAAACUGUUUCAAUGAGACACACCCCAUUCAAGGGCCAUACUGGGGAACUGGUUCAAGCCUGGAUAUCAUGGGAAUAGUGGAAGAUGUGUUAGGAAAACUGAAGAAAAAAGUAAGAUUACUGAACAUCACCCAGUUGUCGGAAUUCCGAAAAGACGGUCAUACAUCGGUGUAUGGUGAAAGGAAAGGCAAGCUCUUGACCAGAGAACAGAGAUCAGAUCCAAAAACUUACGCUGAUUGCAUUCAUUGGUGUUUACCAGGAGUUCCUGAUACAUGGAAUGAGAUUUUGUAUGCACAUCUGUUACAGGAUUAUCGACAACGGAAACAAACUUAG